AUGAUGCCAAUUAAAAAUUCAAAUGGGAGCCGGGCGUGGAAUAUUCCAUGGAGGCUGAUGAAAGGUAUUAAGUUAGUGGGUGGUGGCGGAGGCCCUCAGACCCGGGGUGGCGGGCCGCCGCCCUCAGCACGCGGCCGCCACCAGCUGAGGGAGGCGCUGAAGGAGGAGACGGAGUGGGAGGAGCUGGAAAAUUUGUGUCGACUGUGUGAUUAUGGUAAUUUCAUGCAUAUGCUUAAAAAUCCAGACUUUGGGGAAAUUCAGACAUUUGGAUUUGUGUUGAGUGGAAUAUUUUGCAUGCGGCACUUGAGAGAAUUGUGGCCAGUGAUGGCCGCCACCCUCAACAUUGUCACAGGCCGCCACCCUCAACAUUGUCACAGGGCCGCCACCCUCAACAUUGUCACAGGGCCGCCACCCUCAACAUUGUCACAAGGCCGCCACCCUCAACAUUGUCACAGGCCGCCACCCUCAACAUUGUCACAGGGCCGCCACCCUCAACAUUGUCACAGGCCGCCACCCUCAACAUUGUCACAGGGCCGCCACCCUCAACAUUGUCACAGGCCGCCACCCUCAACAUUGUCACAGGGCCGCCACCCUCAACAUUGUCACAGGUCGCCACCCUCAACAUUGUCACAGGGCCGCCACCCUCAACAUUGUCACAGGGCCGCCACCCUCAACAUUGUCACAGGGCCGCCACCCUCAACAUUGUCACAGGCCGCCACCCUCAACAUUGUCACAGGGCCGCCACCCUCAACAUUGUCACAGGCCGCCACCCUCAACAUUGUCACAGGGCCGCCACCCUCAACAUUGUCACAGGGCCGCCACCCUCAACAUUGUCACAGGCCGCCACCCUCAACAUUGUCACAGGGCCGCCACCCUCAACAUUGUCACAGGGCCGCCACCCUCAACGUUGUCACAGGGCCGCCACUCUCAACAUUGUCACAUGCCGCCACCCUUAACAUUUUCACAGGGCCGCCACCCUCAACAUUGUCACAGGGCCGCCACCCUCAACAUUGUCACAGGGCCGCCACCCUCAACGUUGUCACAGGGCCGCCACCCUCAACAUUGUCACAGGCCGCCACCCUUAACAUUGUCACAGGGCGCCACCCUCAACAUUGUCACAAGGCCGCCACCCUCAACAUUGUCACAAGGCCGCCACCCUCAACAUUGUCACAGGGCCGCCACCCUCAACAUUGUCACAGGCCGCCACCCUCAACAUUGUCACAGGGCCGCCACCCUCAACAUUGUCACAAGGCCGCCACCCUCAACAUUGUCACAAGGCCGCCACCCUCAACAUUGUCACAGGGCCGCCACCCUCAACAUUGUCACAGGCCGCCACCCUCAACAUUGUCACAGGGCCGCCACCCUCAACAUUGUCACAAGGCCGCCACCCUCAACAUUGUCACAGGUCGCCACCCUCAACAUUGUCACAGGUCGCCACCCUCAACAUUGUCACAGGGCGCCACCCUCAACAUUGUCACAGGGCCGCCACUCUCAACAUUGUCACAGGCCGCCACCCUCAACAUUGUCACAGGGCCGCCACCCUCAACAUUGUCACAGGCCGCCACCCUCAACAUUGUCACAGGGCCGCCACCCUCAACAUUGUCACAAGGCCGCCACCCUCAACAUUGUCACAAGGCCGCCACCCUCAACAUUGUCACAAGGCUGCCACAGUCAACAUUUCCGGAGGCCUGCUGA